CAUUUGUACUACAGCAGGUGGAGGUUGUAUCUGUCUAAGUAUUUCUUGUGCCUAUUGUGAGUGUGAAGUGUGUGUCAAUUGUUAAGUGUAAAAGUUGGAUGUACCAUUGUAAAAACUAGGUAUUAAACUCCUAGAAAAACCCAAAAAUUUGAAAAGGGGAAAAAAAUAAGAAACUUGUGCUAGUGCUUGAUCCAGACGUUCUUACCAAGGUGAGUGCUACAGUUCUUUGUGAUUGGCGGCAGCCAAAAUGGACAGCGACGCCUCGGCGUCAGAGAAGGGGGAGCCAAACCAGGAGCUGGACACCAAUCCAGCGUCAGACUGGUUUGAGGUAGGAAGAAACAGAAAACAAGCUGCAAGGAAAAGACAGAUAAAUAAAACUACAAAGGGGGGUCUUCCAAUAGCUGAGUCAGAAACAGACGACGACUGUACCAAACGGACGGACAUAGCAAGUACUACCAAAAAAUCUAAGACAGACCAAGCUAACGGCACUCGUAUCCCGUUACAAGGAAUGUUAGUGAAGAGAUGAACAUAUGCUAAAACGACGACAAAAAACUUAACGGGCACUGCGGACAUGAACAGUGAAAACAAGGAGAAAGAAACUUACAAAAACUCGGACUGCGAACAAACACGUACGACAGAAAGCAAAAGUGUGACCAACAGGGAAAAAGAAAAAGAACACGCGGACAGUGUGUGCUAUACAAAAAGGCACAGGGGAGAUUAUUGCGUUCUGGUGGACACCUCAAAAUCUAACACGAUAAAUAACGAAAAAAUGCGUAAUGGCAUAUUCCUUUGGGAUAUUAUAAGACAUUUUAAUAUUGAGGGGAUUAAAAACAUAAAAGCCAUAGGUAGAUCACUCUACAAAAUUUUUUUUGAAAAUUAUGAAGCUGCAAACAAGUGCGUUAGCAAUCCCGACUUAAUUAAAAACCAAAUGAGACCCUUUAUACCAAGAAGCUUGGUAGAAACAACUGGUGUAGCUAGACAAAUACCUCUUAACUUCACUGAGGAAGAAAUAAAAGAAAAUAUCAUUUCAGAUAUUCCUGUUACAGCUAUCUCAAGAAUUACCAGAAGAGAUCCCAAUGACAAAGAGAAGUUCAUUCCAACUCUCGCUGUGAAAAUAAGUUUUGAAGGCAACGAACUACCAGAAACCAUAGACAUUUUUUGCGUAAAAAUCAAAAUGGUUCAUUACAUUCCUAGAGUUAGGCAUUGUUACAACUGCGGCAGAUUAGGGCACACAAACAUGGCCUGCAGAGCAGCUAACAGAUGUAUUAUCUGUGGCAAGGCAACCACAAAUUCGUGCAUACUACGCGGAGGGGAUAAUCACAAUUCACUCGAGAGCAGGAAAUGUUCAAAAUGGGCCAGAGAAAAACAGGUGGUAGAAAUUAUGACAAUCAAAAAGGUAUCGAAGUCUGAGGCGAUUGGGAUGUACAAUUUAAACAAUAAUAACCGUUUCUCAGCUCUAGAAAACUAUGAGGGAAAUUUCCCACAGUUAGAAGCAAAAAGCACAGCAAGGAUCAACAAUGAUGAAACAGUAAAUAGAAAACUUACAUCAUAUAAAUACAAUUACGUAGUUAGAAAUCACCAAACCCACACAACAGCUACACCUAACCCUCCCAAAAUAUUGCCGAAAGCUACAACCAAAACACAACCCGUCUACGAAAUGCAGAAUUGGUCUAAGGUCACAGAGAUUGAAAAGCUGGUAAAUCUCCUUAUAAAAAGGUACGACAUCGACGUAAACGACCCCUUGGUUAACCUAAUUCGCAAUAUAGGCGCAGUACACAUUGAAGACAAAAAUCCAAGUAACAAAGAUGACAAGUCCAAUAAAAAUAUUACAAUAUAACGUACAAAGCCUUAAAAUCUGCCUCCAGGAAAUUUUUUCGCAUGACAACCAUACAACUCAACACAAUUUAAUGAACUUCAACUUACUCAGAAAGACCAGAAUCGAUGGAUAUGGUGGCGUAGGAAUCGGAUUUAUAAAAGGUAUAAAAUUUACGAAAAUCAAAUUUGUUACAAAUUACGACAUUCUAAUAGCCAAGACGAUUAAUCUUAUUAAUAAUCUAACUAUUUGCAACUCCUCCCAACCUUGACAUUUUAAAUUUUACUAACGAACUGAACCGCGUAGUACUUUUGCUUAACAAUCAUGAAAACGUUAUAAUAGCAGGGGACCUCAACGCUAGGCAUCAAGUGUGGGGAGACAGAAUAUGCAACACCAAAGGAAAAAUAGUUAUUGACGAAAUCAGUAACACCAAUCUCCAGUGCAUCAACAGUGGAGCAAUCACUCACCGCACCGGUAACAGUGCAGGAACGGUAAUUGACAUAACUCUGACCAAUAUUAACAGCAGUUACACAAAAUGGCACUGUCAACAAGUCCAGUUGGGAGGCAGUAAGCAUUUCCCCAUCAUCGUUGAGGUCACUAAUAGCAGCAAAAAGCCCAACUAUUUCAUCCCCAAGGAACGACUCGCCCAGGAACUUGCUCAGUUAAAAUUCUCUGACUUAGAAAAUAUCACGACAGAAAUAGACAGCGUUAGGAACAGGAUUAAAAUUGACUUAAACACAUCCAGGCGUACCCCUAAAAACUGGUGGAGUGAUGACCUCAAAAAACUGUACAGAUUACAUGUCGCUAAACGCAAAAAAGCUUAUCAUACUAACAAUGUUAAAGACAUGGAAGCCUCAAUUACAUCAACUAGCGACUGGAAAGAAACGGUGAAGGCGGCAAAGAAAGCGAGCUACAACAGUAAAAUUGAGGAGAUAAACACUUGCCCCAACUCGACACAGGCUUGGAAAUUCAUAAGAAAUGUCAAAGGCAAUAAACGUGCGUCUCACAAUUGGGCAGCUGAAGAUGACCGAAACUACUUAGAACUGAUAAGAAAUCAAGCUCAACAAGCCAGCAACCCUUGUAACGUCAUCACUCCAACCACCGCUGCAUCAGUAAACGCCAACAACAGCGUUGACUUUUCAUACAGCAGAUUCGAAAAUCUAUUAGCUAGGAAAAAAUCUACUGCUGGGGGUUUCGACAGAAUCACGUUUAAUACAUUAAAACAAUUGUCCACUGAGUCCAAACAGUCGUUAGUAGACGCCCUAAAAGAACAUUUCUACAGUAACAGGGUCCUAGACGCAUGGAGACAAAUAAAGGUAAUUCCAAUACCGAAAGCAAACAAA